AUGUCAAUGUUGGGUCGUACAGGAACUACAGUUCGUAAAAACCGGCGUCGAUCAUCCAGUAAUUCCCGUUCUGGAUCUGUAUCACGAAGAGGAUCUGCUCCAACUGUUCUUACACCCUCUCCAAAUCCAAGUCAAGUAAACCUGACCGUAGACUCUAUAAGUUUACCAAGAUCCAGUAUCUCCUCUGUUAAAAGUGUGGCUUUUUAUUUGGGCACAGACCCACCAACUACGUCACGCGGAGAAAAAUUACACAUACAAAAGAACACAUCGCCAUUAGAGAAACAGUUUUAUGAUAGUACCGUAAUAUGGCCUGGUGUAGAAGAAUGUGAACAGAACUAUUCUCUUAUGAACUCUAUAUGUGAAGCUGGUUCCGAAUCAUCAGGACUUUGUGAAUUUUUAUAUCGUGCCUUUACCAUCAUUAGCACAACGUGGCCAGUAACUGUUUUAUUAGUGAUCCUUCUAGCCUUACCCCUUGUUAUGACAUCUAUUGGUGUUAACUACCUCCACGACUGCCCUAAAGAACCUAAACUGCCCAUAUAUCAAGUAGUUGGUGGAAUAUUUGGUAUUAUCAAAGUAUUAUUUUUAUUGUGGAAACAAGUCAAGAAACAUAAAGACGAUGUUGGUGAGGUACACGACGAAGAUGACCUUGGAACAAUGAUUCGAAUGACCAACAUAGCAUUAAAUGUGUUUCUAACUUUAUGGUUUAUAUUUGGACAUUAUUGGUUGUUCAGUAUCUGGAAACCACAAUUUGAGGCGCCCCUUCACGAACCUAGAAAUUGGUGUGAUCAUACUGUGUUCUUUUUUACUUUUUGGCAGAUUGUGAUCUGUCAUACUAUUAUUGCCUGUUUAUUGGUGGUUGUGAUUAUUUUAUUCUACUGUUUCUGUUGUCUUAAAUGUUUAAUGGAUGAAAAUAAAAGCUGA